CACAACUGGCAUCGUAGCUCUCUCUAUCUAUGUCAAUAUAAUAUUAACAUACAAAUCGGUGCCAACAGAAUUGUUCAAUCUGUAGUUCUGAUCAGGUCUGAUUGCACUAUGGUGGGUGUCUCUCAAAUUCAUCGCCAAUCAAUUGCUCUGUUUCCAUUUCUCAAUUUGUUUUUCCCAGCGAGUGGUGGUGAAGAGCCAACGAAGCUGAAACUCUAUUCUUAUUGGCGGAGCUCUUGCUCUUGGCGUGUUCGUAUCGCUCUCAACUUGAAAGGUCUCAAAUAUGAGUACAAACCAGUUAAUUUGUUGAAAGGAGAGCACUUUAGUCCUGAAUUUACAAAGCUCAAUCCUAUUGGUUAUGUACCGGUGCUGGUAGAUGAAGACUUUGUAGUUGCUGACUCUUUUGCGAUCUUAAUGUAUCUAGAAGAAAAGUAUCCUCAACAUCCACUGUUGCCUCGUGAUCUUCAGAAAAGAGCAAUUAAUUACCAGGCUGCUAAUAUUGUUUCCUCAAGCAUACAGCCUCUUCUGAAUCUAGCUGUACUGAAGUAUAUAGAGGAAAACGUUAAUGCUGAUGCGAGGGUUGCUUGGGCUAAGUAUCAUAUUGAGAAAGGGUUUGCAGCUCUUGAGAAACUGUUAAAAGACUAUGCUGGGAAAUAUGCCACUGGCGAUGAAGUUUUCUUGGCAGAUUUGUUUCUAGCGCCUCAGAUUCAUGGAGCAAUCAACAGGUUCAACAUUGACAUGACUCAGUUCCCUAUUCUAUCUAGGGUUUUUGAGGCGUACAAUGAGCUUCCUGCCUUCCGAGACGCUAUGCCAGAAAAGCAGCCAGAUGCACCCAGCGGUUGAGGCAUUGGGUUGAGAUAUCCGUUUCAAAAUUGCAUCAUGGAAUCUUGUUUGAUUGAUCAUGGGGGUAAAAGCCUGCAAUAGUAGAUCUUGUGCAAAGACAAUGAGGAUGGAUAGUAUGUCAUCGAACUUCAUGUUUAAAUUAGAAUAAAUGAUCAAAUAAAGAUGGAACUGGUGCGAUGAUAUGUCUCCGGAUAUCUUUCCAAAAUUUCCAUAGUAAAGCUUGCUCAUCUUUGUAAAUUGCUAUACCAUCACUAUUCCUCAGUUGUACCACUAUCAGGAUUGGUCGCGAAGAAAAUCCCUCUCUAGUAAAAUCGUUAUGGAAAUGGUAUUCCUUUUCCCGCCUUUCCUCUGA